AACGUUUAUCUUCACGCUUGUUGGGAAGCCUUAAACCCUAAACCCCCGACCCGUAGUUUCCUCUGCUUUCGUCCCCAAAACCCCAAGCAACAUUCAACAAUUGGAACCCACCAGAAAGUAGUCGUUUUCCACCUCCAAUCCCACCCCCACCGCACCAUUGAAGAAAACCAAUGCUUCUAUAUCGCUCAGCUUCAUUUUUUCAUUUCUACGAGCUGUCAUCUCCACCCAAAUUCCUUUCCCAAUUCAAACGCUCUUUCUCAUUUCGCUCUAAUGUUUCAUGCCCUUCUUCUUCUCCUUUGCAUUUUUCGCUGAAAGAACUGCGCUGUGGACGAGCAAGGGCUUUUGCAACUGCAGCCGCCGUCGUUUCACAAAGAAAGGGCAGUGAUACAUUUUUCGCGGACGAGGACGUUUCAUGGACGUCCCUCGGCAUUUCCGAAAAGCUUUCUCGGGCUCUCUAUACUGCUGGCAUCGACAGGCCGUCUCUGGUUCAGGCUGCUUGCGUACCAGCUAUACUUUCGGAAAAGGAUGUGGUUCUGGCUGCUGAGACUGGUAGUGGUAAAACGUAUGGAUAUUUGACUCCCCUAAUGGAUAGGCUGCGCACUGCCCGUGAUGAUUUUGCAAAUACAGUUUCUGAUCAAGAUUUGGCUCAAUCCCAAAGACUCUGUCUUGUUCUUUGCCCCAAUGUGCUGCUUUGUGAGCAAGUGGUUCGAAUGGCUAAUUGUCUUUGUGGUGAUGAUGGUGAACCACUUCUCAAAGUUGCAGCUGUCUGUGGUCGACAGGGAUGGCCAGUUAAUGCGCCUGACAUUAUUGUGUACCCAGCUGCUCUUCUGAAUAAUAUUGACCCAGACAAACCCCGUCGGCUGGAGUUUCUGCGUUGUGUAAAAUUUGUGGUGUUUGAUGAAGCAGACAUGCUUCUCUGUGGGGGCUUCCAGAAUAAAGUUCUUCGUCUGAUAAACAUGCUCCGCUUCGAUGAAAAGCUAUUGUCUAGGUCAAACAAAUCUGUAUCUGAGUGGCCAAUGGAACUGGAAUCUGAAUCCUUAUCAAACUUCACUUUAGAUGAUAAGAAAGACCUAAAAACCGAAAUCAUAUCAGAAGUUGAAGAUGAUUCUGAGGAUGUUGAUGUUGACAAUGUAGUAGAGGAUGUUGAUGUUGAUAACAUAGUAGAGGAUGCUGAUGUUGAAAACUUAGUAGAGGAUGUUGAAAAUGUGUCAAUUAAAAGAAAAGACUGGAGGAGAGUGAGGAAAUAUUAUGAGCGCAGUAAACAGUACAUUUUUGUUGCAGCCACCCUUCCAGUGAAUGGAAAGAAAACUGCUGGGGCAGUGUUGAAACAUAUGUUUCCAAAUGCCAAUUGGGUUAGUGGAACGUAUCUUCAUUGUCACAACCCCAGAUUGAAGCAGAGGUGGAUUCAAGUUACACUUGAGACUCAGGUGGAUGAACUCAUAAAGGCCGUCAAAUCUAAAGAUGGUGAAUGCCGAACCAUGGUCUUUGCAAACACUGUUGAGGCCGUUGAAGCAGUGGCAAAUGUAUUGCUGAAAGCUGGGAUCGAGUGUUACCGUUACCAUAAGGAUUUUUCCUUGGAGGAGCGUACUCAGACAUUAGCUGAUUUCCAAGGAAAAGGUGGCAUUCUUGUGUGCACUGAUGCUGCUGCACGUGGUGUUGACAUACCAAACGUGUCACAUGUUAUUCAGGCAGACUUUGCUACUUCUGCCGUAGAUUUCCUGCAUAGGGUUGGUCGCACUGCUAGAGCUGGUCAAUUUGGACUUGUCACUAGCCUGUACACUGAUUCCAACCAGGAUCUUGUUGCUGCAGUUCGUCAAGCAUGGGAGCUUGGUCAGCCUGUGGAGACAGCAUUUAGCAGGAAAAGAAGCUUCCGCAACAAACUUAAGAAAAGAGGUUUGGGCAAAGAACAUAGACUUGUCAAUAGUUGAAGAGAGUAUGUUUUGACAUAAAGCUACUAGAUUGUGAGGAACUUGGUACGGAAAGAUGAAUAACUUGUAUUUAUUUAUUCCACAUAAUCCUAGCGAUCGAUGUAAAUGAUAUGGUAUUGAUCCGUUUGAAUUAUACUUUCUUCUUAAUAUAUACAUGCCUGCAAGUAGAGGGGUCUCAAGACAAA